AUGGCUGACAGCAACCCCGCCAACUUCGCCAACCGCCCUAAGGAUGAGGUCCGUGAGAUCGCCUCAAAAGGUGGACACGCCAGCCAUGGCCAGCAUGAUACCCAUCCCGACCGCAACCCUGAUGGCACCUUCACCAAGGGUAGCGAUGCCGCACGCGAAGCCGGUCACAAGGGAGGGGUCUCGCUUCAUGCUGAGCAUCACCCCGACCGCAACCCUGACGGCACCUUCACCAAGGGCAGCGAGGAAGCCAAGGAGUUGGGCCACAAGGGCGGCAUUCACUGA